CAACACUAGACGAAAAUAAAGAGAAAAACUAAAAAGCAAAUCUCAUUUCAAUUUUUCGUAUCAGUCAAACAAAAAUGUAAAACAGUUGCAUUAAUUAACGAAAACUGAUGCGAAACACAGGGCACAGAACAAUGCAUAGAAUGUGCAAUAAAAUUUAAAAUACAUUUGGCAGUAGAAAAACCCAAAGAUGAAUGUAAUGCGAAAGCUGCGCGGCGCUGCCACUGGAGGCAGCAGCAACGGCAGUGGCAGCAACACCACAAAUAAUGGCAGCAGACCCUCGGCGGAGUCCGGCCAAUCCCCAGCCAAUAGACGGGCUGCUGGCGAGGAAGCACUCGUGGAUGGGCGCAUCCAAAUGAGUCUGGGUACGCUCAAGAAACUCUUCAAUGAGUACACCCAUCCCCGAGAGCCGCUCAGCGAACAGGAGCGCGAUGAGAAGCUCUACGAAAUGCUGCCACUCUUUUGCAAGGUGUUUAGCAGCUGUCCAGCGAAUGAUAUGAGCGAAAAGUUCUGGGAUGUGGUGGCCUUCUGCCAGCAGGUGUCACGUCUCAUGGUCAGCGAGAUACGCAAGCGGGCAUCCAACCAGAGCACGGAGGCGGCCUCCAUAGCCAUUGUCAAGUUUCUGGAGGUGGAGACAACGGAGGAGACAAGCAGCGGUUGGAUGCUGUUGGCCACCCUCAAUCUGUUGGCCAAUGGAGAUGUGUCCUUGAUACAGGUCAUGACUGCCGCUUCCGUACCCUCAACGCUGGUCAAGUGCCUGUACCUCUUCUUCGAUCUGCCCAUUGUGGAGGAUGAUGAGCCUGCGGACGAUGGUUCUGCCAUCAGUGAUUUCAAUGCCCAUGAGCGUCGCACACUGCUGCAAAAGGUCUUUGUGCAGCUGCUGGUGAAACUCUGCUCGUAUCCGUAUCCCGCCGAAGAACUGGCACGCAUGGAUGAUCUAACGCUGCUAUUUUCGGCCAUAACAUCGCCCUGUCCCUGCCACAAUAUUGUGUGGCGUAAGAAUGCAGCCGAAAUACUGACAACCAUAUCGAGGCAUGGUCUAACCGAUGCGGUUGUUAGUUAUAUACAUUCCAAAGGUUGCAUGGCUUUGUGUGUGGAUAAUAUGCAACGUUUGACCUUUGGCAAUCCAUUGGAAAUUGUUGAAAUGUUUGUCACCGUCUUCUGUUUUCUGAAGGACUCUAGUCAGGUAUCACAGAUACUAAUGGAUGAUUUUCGUGCCUCACAGGGUUACGUUUUUCUCAGUGAUUUUCUGUUAAAAUUCGACAACAAUCGCAGUCAAUCGCUGGAAAUCCAAGCAGCUAUACGCAAUCUGGUACUCAUGAUCUCUUCCCUGUGCAUGUGCGGCUUCUAUGAGCUACGACCGCCCGUGGCACAAUUCAAUACCGCCUUCAAGUUGCAGAAUUUCCAACUGCCACAGGCCACCUCCCGCGAGACAUGCGUGCGGAAUGUUUAUGCCUUUCAAGUGCUACAAAAUGUCUUUCUCAAGUCCACAACUCCGGCACUUUGUUGCACCAUUUUGGAUGCCAUUUCGCGGGUGUAUCAUUCGGAGAAUGCCAAUUAUUUUAUACUGGAAUCGGAGCACACUUUGAGCUCGUUUGCGGAGCGCAUACACCUAAAGAGUCCGCAGAUACAGGAGAAGUUUUUUGAUUUGCUGGAAUUUAUUGUCUUUCAAUUGAAUUUUGUGCCCUGCAAGGAGCUGAUCAGCCUCUCGCUGCUCCUCAAGCACAAUCAGUCGACUUCGUGCAGUAUUUUGUGUCUCAAGACACUGCUGAAUAUCCUACGGCAUAAUGCUGUGUUCAAGGAUGUCUAUCGGGAGGUUGGCAUACUGGAAAUCUUCGUGAGCUGCUUGACACGCUACGCGGGACACGUGCAGGACAUCACCAAGGGCGAGGAGUCGUUGGUAGUGGAGCUGUCAUCGGAGCAGGAGGAAGAUCUGCUGGAUACGCUGGGCAAACAUAUGCUGGAGGCCCUCACAAUGCUGCUGGGUGGCGGUGCCAGCAAUAAUGCUCAGAUUUUCCGCGAAUAUGGCGGCGCCAAGUGCACACACGAGCUGGUAAAAUUCAAGCACUGCCGCCCGCAGGCACUGGGCAUCAUACGGGAGCUCAUUCUGUCCGCUGGCGGGGAUGAUGACAUGCUGUAUAUCCUGUCGCUGAUGCACAGCAUCAGUCCGCAUCAAGUGGAGUUCAAGAUACAAAUACUCAACAUGCUGCUGGGCUGCCUCAAGGAUUCGCAUCGCACGCGCACUGUCUUCCGGAAAGUGGGUGGCUUUGUGUAUCUGACGAGCGUUUUUGUCUCGCUCGAUGGCAGCAUGGCACAGCCCCAGCCGGGCAUACCCCAACAGGAUCUCAUACUGCUGCUGCAAAUAGUCUGCCAAACGCUGGCCACCGCCAUGCGGUUCGAGCCAGCGAAUGCCAAGUUCUUCCAUCAGGAGAUAAGCAGCAGCUCGCUGUGCGACACAAUGCGGCUGUUGGGCUGCUUUGGUGGCGCCUCAACGCUGCAGGAUUUCAAUGGCAGCUACGAGCCCCAGCAGACGCUGCUCAAGUAUUAUCACGAGAUAUUCAGUGGAGAUAUUCUGAGUGUUGGUUUCUCGGCUGAUGUGCCCUAUCCCCUGUCCUAUGUGUGCAUCGUGUUUCGGCUGCUCUACAGCAUUGCUUUGGAUAACUUUGAGGCACCCAAUUUGAGUGGCAUCAUCGGAUCGCUCUUCAGCGAUCCCCCCGCACAUUCGCGUUCGCCCAGCAAAGAGCUGGCGGCGCCCGUGCAUCCCAGCCAACUGAAUCUCACACAGCCCAUGCCGGAGCCGAGGAUUGUGCAUCCGGGCGUGGUGCUGUGCAUGCUACAACUGCUGCCCGCUGUGCAGCUGGAGGAGGCGCCCCUGGAGGCCAUACAGCUGCAGGUUUACUUGAGUGAAAUUAUUAAAUCUCUGGUGCGGAAUGAGCGCAAUCAACAGAUCAUGUGCGAUCAUGGUUUGGCCGAGAAGCUGCUAAAGCUCACAAGGAGAGCCCUCGCGGAGGAGCAGCAUCCCCUGCACGUGCCCAUGCAGUACAUCCUGGAACGCUUGGCCGCCCAGGCGCUGCAACCCACCGAACUGCGACAGUUUCUGCGCCUCGGAGAGCCCCUCUCCUGUGCGGACAUUGAUCUGCAGCAGCCGUACCGCCUGGGCGGACCUGUGCCCCUCACGCGCAUCAAAACGCUGGUGUCCAUGACAACGCCCAGGGAUUUCCGUGCCCAUGGCUCGAGCACGCUGCCACCGUUUGUGGAGCUGGACAUGUCUGCCGAGGGCUUUGGCUGCCUCUAUCUGCCAUCGCUGGCACCGCAGGCCACAGCCACUGCUGGCGGCACCAUCGAUGCGAACACCAUUGGCGGCAUUGGCGCCGGCGAUCGCAUUUUUCCACCACAAACGGGUCUCACGUACUCCACUUGGUUUUGUGUGGAGAAAUUCUCGGACCCAAAGACAGAUCCACAUUGUGUGCGGCUGCUGACGCUGGUGCGAACCAUACACAAUCCACGUGAGGAGAAUCUUGCGUGUCUGUCGAUACUUUUAUCCGCCAGGGACAAGGCCAUUGUGGUGUCCACGCAAGAGACGCUGGUGACGCCCAGGAAGAGCAUUGGCGAUUGGGAGCCAGAGGGCUCUGAUGAUGGCAUUGCACGCAUUUGGUGUCCCGAUCUGCUGCACGAGGGCCAGUGGCACAAUCUCGUGGUGGUGCUCAAUCGUGCGGUGCUCAAGAACUCCAGUCUGUCGCUCUAUCUCGAUGGUGUGCCCAUGCACACGCAAAAGCUGCACUACAUUGCCCAACAUCCGGGCGCCACCACCGCAAAUCUGACAUCUGCCACACAGAUUUUUGGCUACAUUGGCACGCCGCCCAUUUGGCGACGCUACUCGCGUCUCUGCUGGAAGCAGGGCGUCUGCCAUUUGCUGGAGGAUGUGCUGCCGCAGCAGACGGUGCAAACCAUCUACCAGCUGGGCCCCCACUACAUGGGCUCGCUGCAGGCGCCGCAGCUGGGCAAACAGUCGGAGGCAGUGGCGCCGCUGGUGCCCGAGGAUCGUGUGCUGCUGGGACUCAAUGCCAAGGCAGUGUCCAAGCUGACGCUGGUCAAGAUACGCAAGGUGUACAGUCGUGCGGAUAACAAGAGCAUUGCCAAGCAGCUCAAUAUGAAUUCACAUGAGAAUGCCACGCCCAUUAAAAUUCUGCAUAAUUCUGCGGGCCACUUGGCUGGCGCUGGUCGCUCUCUGGGCGGCGUCGUCGUGGGUUAUCUGGGCGUGCGCGUCUUCAGUCCCCAUCCUGUCUCGGCCAUGAUUGACACGGUGGGCGGCUGCAAUGUGCUGCUGGGCAUCAUUGCCAUGGCCCAGGAUGUGGAGUCCUUGUAUGCGGGCGUCAAGGCGCUGACCUGUGUGGUGCGCAGCAAUCGCGCUGCCCAGGCGGAAAUGGAUCGCAAGCGCUGCUAUCAGACACUGGGCAUGUUCUUCAAGAAGAAGAAACAUCUGCUCAACAGUCACAUACUCCACCUGACAUUCGGCCUGGUGGGCACCGUGAACAGUGGCCAGGAUACGUCUGCCAUUCCGAAUGUCACCGCAUUCCAGGAUCUGCUGUGUGACCUAGAGAUCUGGCACAAUGCACCCAAUGGACUGCUGCGCUCGCUGCUGGAACAUCUGCUGGAGUUAGUCGUCGAGUCCAAUGAAAAGAAACAAAAUGUCAAGAUCAUGAGGGAUCUGCAGCUGCUGGUGAAGCUGCUGCACAUCAUCACGCACAUUCAGGAUCAUUCGACGCGUGAGAUUCUCUUCAAUCUGCUGGAAACGCUGCUGGGCGGACAGCCCAGGCACACGGAUCUGCUGCUCUAUGGCCAGUAUGUGGCCGCCAAGCUGCCGCGUGCCCAGGACGGCGCACUCGAACGUGCCGUGCUGCUGCCCAGCAUCAAGAACUUGGGCGAGGAUCCCGAUGGCGGUGUGGCACAGAAUAUUUACCUGCGCAAUCGCUGCCUAUCGCUGCUCCACGGCCUGUUGUUUACGCCACGCAGCACUGUGAACUAUGUGAUCUGCGAUGACAUCUCCAAGACGCUGGGCAUGGACUGGCUGCUGCUCUUCAUGCAGCCGCAUGUCCACUUUACCACAGUGAUCAUUGCGGUGCGCAUACUCGUCGUGGUCUGUGCCAAUGAGAGUUUUCUGGUGCGCUUCCGCGAUGCCACCCACAAUGGCGGCUAUCUGCGCUUCACCGAAAUGGUUUCGCAGCGCAAAAUGUUGGGCCUGGGCGCCCAGCAGCUCAACCAACGGCCCAGCAAUGGCACGGGCACGGUCAUAGUGGCCACGCCACAGAAUACCAUACAACAUUUGCCCACCCAAAUAGCAGGAGAAGUGCGUCCAGCUGCGCUGAAUAUACCAGGUUUCCAAUUGCUGGAAUGGCUCAUGCAGCAUCAUUUGGAUGUGCCAGAGCUUUACUUUCUGGUCACCGCUCUCAUUAUGGGCCAACCUGUCAAGGUGCUGGCCACGGAGCACACGAAAUUCGACCUGGAUCGCGUGUGGUCGUUCCUCUGGGGCGCUCCAGUGGCAGCCAGCACGCAGCUGCCGAAGUUAAAUGUCUGCCCCGAGGGCGUUUGUGUGCUGCUGGCCAUGGUCCGUGCAAUUGUGCAUGGCGGAGAGUGUGCCACGUGGCUGCACAGCCACCCGGAGACCAUCAUCCAACUGCUGUUUAGUCUGUACCAGAAUCUCAGUGACUUUACGCCCGUCAUGAUGGCAGGCGAUGUUGUGACCUCCCUGGUGGCAGUGCUCUUUCCGCAGGUCGCCAGGAAUGCUGCCGAUUCGGAGCCAAAUAGCGGCGCCUCCACGCCCACUGACGGCACGGGCAGCAGCGGUUUUGUUCUGCCACCGCCCGAAACGUUGCAUGUGGCCGCUGUGCAGCCCAAGAUCACCGCCCAUCCCGUGUGCAAAUGCAUCAUUGAUUUCCUGCGCGUAAUUGUCGUGGAUUCAUUGGGUCUGAAUAUGCAUGGCAAGGCCACACCCGUGAUAGAUCUGGUGCUGGAUGCCGCCCCAGACUCCGCAGAGAUGUCGCUGCAGGUGCAAUACCAAACGCAGAUUAUCAUAGCCCUGAUGGAUCAUCUGUUGGCGGCCGAUGUGCUCGUGGGCGAGCAGGCGGCACUGCCGCUGGUGCCCAUACUGCAGAGCCAAAUGCAGCACAUUGCCCCCAAUGUGUUCUACCUGACGGCGCGCAUUGUGGAUAAGCUGUGGCAGGGCUGCCUGGCACGCAAUCCGCAUGAUAUCUUUGAUUUUGUCAUCAAGCUGAUUGCCCAGGCCAAGCGCCGAUCCUCGUCGCUGUCGCUGGAGCAUCUGCAUCACUCGCUGAAUCGAAGUAUUCUGUUUCUGCUGUCCCGUCCCACCGAUGAUUCCCGUGCGGAUCAAAUGAGCGUCCUGGAGGCACUGCACAAGAUCAUACAGCAUCGUUUGCUCAUCUUUGGGGCCGGCAAUCACGAACUGGAGUUCAUUGGCUGCCUGACCUACUGCCUGCUGCAGCUGACGGCCGACAUGAAGAUUAUACUGGAGCCAGCGACGAGCAGAAACACCACCUGGCAUGUCAAUCCGCAAACAGAGACAGUGGAGCCCAAGGAUGAGGAUCUGAAUCAGCUGCAGGGUCGCAAUCUCAUUGUGGGCGCCGCCUUUCGCGUCUGGGAGGAGCUGUACGUGUGCAAGAAGCCGGCCAUUGAGGAGGUGUUCAAGAUAUCGCUGACACCGCCGCCAGCCAGCUCGAAGGCGCCCGAUCUGCAGACGACACGCGAACAGGUCAUGGAGCUGGCCUCCAAGCUGUGGUUCAACUAUGUGGAAGCGGAACGCAAGGCCUCCUAUCGCGUGCCCUGGGAGCUGCACAAUCAAAUCCAAUCAAAGAUACAAAAGGUCACCGGUGGCCUGACGCGCCUGGCCAGCCGCACCAAGGUCAAAAAGGACGAGCUGGUGCGCACCAAAUCGAAUAUGAGUCGCGAGGCAGCCUACGAGUCCACGGGGAUACAUGUGCAGCUGAUCAAGGAUCUGCUGGAGCUGCGCUCGAAGCAGUACCAGCAAAUGCUGCAGCACACCCAGCGCUAUGUGUACCAGGAUUGGGUGCACUCAGAGACGGAGCUGACGCGCGAGCGUGGACUGUGGGGCCCCGCGGGCUGCUGUUCGCUGGACAAAUGGAUAAUGGACACCACCGAGGGACCGCAUCGCAUGCGCAAGAAAACCAUGCGCAAUGAUGUCUUCUAUCUGCACUAUCCCUAUCGCCCAGAGCUGGAGCUGGCCGACAAUCGGCAGCUCAAGUACAAGGUGGCCUCCAGUUUUGAUAGCAAAACAUAUUUCCAGCAUGGACAGCAGCAGCCGCGCAUACUGGCCGAGGCAGAGCACUCGGCUGCGUCCAUGCAGCAGCAGGCCUCGCUGGAGUCGGUGCAUGGCCAGCAGUCGUCGCAUCGCCUGGAGGCGAGCAGUUCCACCUCAACGCCACCGCCACCAGUGUCGCCCAAGCUAAUGGGCAGCGGCCAUGGCACGGCGCCGUAUCCGCAGGAAUCAUUGGACGGCACUGCACCCGAGGACGAUGAGGAGGAGGAGGACACUUCCAUGACCAGCGACAAUGAGACAUUUCUGCGGCUGCUCGAGGAGCAAGAGAAAAUCAGCUUUAUGUUCCGUUGUGCCCGCGUGCAGGGCCUGGAUACCUUCGAGGGUUUGCUGCUGUUUGGCAAGGAGCACUGCUAUAUCGUGGAUGGUUUCACGCUGCUCAAGAAUCGAGAGAUACGCGACAUUGACACGCUACCCACGGGCGCCUAUGAGCCCAUUAUACCCAAUUCGGGCGGCACUACCACGACCACAUCACGUGCUGUUAGCCAGAAGCUGCGGCAAUGCUCCAAGUUUGCCUACGAGGAGAUACGGGAGGUGCACAAGCGACGCUACCUGCUGCAGCCCAUUGCCCUGGAGAUCUUCUCCGAGGAUGGACGCAACUAUCUGCUGAGUUUCCCCCGCAAGGUGAGGAAUAAAGUGAACCAAAGAUUCUUGGCCCUGGCCACGGCCCUCAAUGACAAUGCGCAGCAAUCGGUGGCAGGACAAAAGCGCACGGCGAGUGUGGAGCAAACUUCGGGUAUCUUUAGUGGCCUGAUAGGCGAGACAUCGGUCACCCAGCGCUGGGUACGCGGCGAGAUCUCCAAUUUCCAGUAUUUGAUGCAUUUGAAUACGCUGGCGGGCCGCAGCUACAACGAUCUGAUGCAGUACCCAGUGUUCCCCUGGAUCCUCGCCGACUACGACUCGGAGGAACUGGAUCUCACGGCGGCCAAGACAUUCCGUGACUUCUCCCGGCCCAUGGGCGCCCAGGCAGACGAACGCCUGGAGCAGUUCCAGAAGCGUUUCAAGGAGUGGGAUGAUCCGCAUGGCGAGACGCCGCCCUACCAUUACGGCACCCACUAUUCCUCGGCGAUGAUUGUGUGCUCGUAUCUGGUGCGCUUGGAGCCGUUUGCCCAGCCAUUCCUCAAGCUUCAGGGCGGACACUUUGAUCUCGCAGAUCGCAUGUUUCACAGCAUCAAGGAGGCGUGGCUGUCGGCCUCAAAACUAAAUAUGGCCGAUGUUAAGGAGCUCAUACCCGAGUUCUUUUAUUUGCCCGAAUUUCUGAGCAAUUUCAAUAACUUUGAUUUGGGCACCAAACAGAAUGGCGAGACCUUAAAUCAUGUCAUAAUGCCGCCAUGGGCCAAACAGGAUCCCAGGGAGUUUAUCCGCCUGCACAGAAGUGCCUUGGAGUGUGAUUAUGUUAGCCAACAUUUGCAUUUGUGGAUUGAUUUAAUUUUUGGCUGCAAACAGCAGGGUCCCUCGGCGGUGGAUGCUGUCAAUGUGUUUCACCAUUUGUUUUACGAGGGAAAUGUGGAUAUAUACAACAUUGAUGAUCCUUUGAAAAAGAAUGCCACCAUUGGCUUCAUCAAUAACUUUGGACAAAUACCCAAGCAGCUGUUCAAAAAGGCUCAUCCAGCCAAGAAAAUGGGCGGCUCGCGGCAUUCAGCACUCAUCGAUCCGACAGCCUUGAUGCAGGGCAACAGCACAGUCCUGCAAACAGAUCGCUUGUUCUUCCAUAAUCUGGAUAAUCUAAAGCCCAGUCUGCAGCCCAUCAAAGAGCUCAAGGGGCCAGUGGGACAGAUACUGCAGCCGGAUAAGACCGUGUUCGCUGUGGAGCAAAAUAAAGUGAUGAUGCCGCCGUCGUACACGAAAUAUAUAGCCUGGGGCUUUGCCGAUCAUUCGCUGCGCGUGGGUCUCUACGACACGGACCGCGCAUCGUUUGUGUCCGAGGCAGCGGCCCAGAACUCCGGCGAGAUCCUCACCUGUGCGUGUCCCAAUGCCAAGAUGAUUGUCACCGCUGGCACCAGUUCGGUGGUCACGAUCUGGAAAUUCGAUGCAAACCGCAAGAGUCUCAGUGUGAAGCAUUCGCUGCAUGGCCACACGGAUGCGGUGACAUGUCUGGCCGCGAGUGCUGCCUACAAUGUGAUUGUCUCGGGCUCCAGAGAUGGCACUGCCAUCGUUUGGGACAUGUCCCGGUUCACCUUUGUGCGCCAGCUGCGUGGCCAUGCGGGUGUCGUGGCUGCUGUUUCGAUCAAUGAGCUAACGGGUGACAUUGCCACAUGUUCGGCCACCUGGUUGCAUGUUUGGUCCAUCAAUGGUGAUGCUCUGGCCAUGGUAAAUACGUGUGUGGGCAGUGCGGAUCGCAUGCAGCAGAUUCUAUGCGUGGCAUUCUCACAAAUCAGGGAAUGGGAUCAACAGAAUGUCGUCAUGACGGGCUCCACCGAUGGUGUUGUGCGGAUGUGGUCCCUGGAGCACACACAAGUCCCCAUUGAUCGCAAACUCAAACGUGGCGUGGAGGUCUGCUCCCAGGACAAACCGGACUCUGCUUCAGCCGAUAAAAUGAAUAUUUUCAAGCAAAUGAAAAGCCUCUCGCAGGCAGAAGAGGAAACAGACAUUGUAAAAUCUGCCUCGGAGAGCAGCAUUUCGGAGGCCUCAGAGCACAGCAAAGCCGAGUCCCUCAAAUCCGAAGAGAGAGCUGAGGAAGAAUCGCUCAAAACCAAAGAUAAAGCAGAAGCAGAAGCGGAAGCGCAGGCACCGGAGGCAUCGCCAGUGGAACGCAGAAAAAGUUCCAUCCCAGGAGCCAAGUCGCUGCAUGAAAUGAAAUCGGCGACAGUAGAAGCACCCGGCUGCAGCUCGGAUGUAACGGGAAAUGAAGAAGAUGCCCAUGCCAUUAGGCCAAGCAAAUCAGACACCAGUCUGACCGAUGGUUUCGUUUUGAUAGACAAUGACAGACAAAGAGGUGAACAGGCUUUGAGAAAGGGCUUCAAAUGGCAACGUCAAUUAAUGUUUCGCUCAAAGCUAACCAUGCAUACGGCAUAUGAUCGCAAGGAUAAUGCAGAACCCGCUAGCAUUACAGCCUUGACAGUAUCCAAAGAUCAUAAAAUCUUAUAUGUUGGUGAUGCUCGAGGUCGCAUAUUUUCAUGGAGCGUCACGGAACAGCCAGGGCGUGGUGUGGCCGAUCAUUGGCUAAAGGAUGAGGGCGCCGAUCAAUGUGUCAAGUGUCAUGUGAAAUUCACGCUGUAUGAGCGCAAACAUCAUUGUCGCAAUUGUGGUCAGGUUUUCUGCAAUAAAUGCAGUCGCUUCGAGUCGGAGAUCUCACGUUUGAGGAUCAUCAAGCCUGUGAGGGUGUGUCAGGCGUGCUUUAGUCAGUUGCGCUCCAAUUCGUUGGACAAUUAAGGGGGGAGAAGAGUCACCCCACCUGUCGUUGAAGCACCGAAGGGCAGGCCGCAUCCAAUUCGAAGCAAAGUGUACCUAUAAAUUAUUUAAAAAGAUAAUUUACUUUAUAAUAUUUACGCGUAUAACCAUUUAAAAGACGUUAAAAGGCGCAUUCAGUGAUGAUAUGUAAUUGUAAAAAACUUAAUUAAUUCUUUUAUUUUUCAAUUUUAACGUUUACAUUUUUUAACUAAAUUAUUUAAUAUUUAAUUUUGUUUUUUACAAUAAUUUUUAAACCAAAUGUAAAAGUUGAGCUAAAAAAAACAAACAACCAAAGGCUGUUAUAUGAUUUUAUAUUUUAUUUAUACACAAUAUAUACUUUUAAAUGAAUUUUUUUAUACAAAAAAAUACACACGCAUGGAAAACAGAGUUGCAAUAUAAUUUAUACAAAACAAUUUAGUUAUUAAAAAUAUUUAUUAUACACCAAAACAAACAAAAAAUACGAAGAAAAAUACGAUAAUAAAUGUUGCUUAUGGACAAUUUUUCUAGUAAUAUAAAACGUUCUAUAAAUAUUGUGAGAGGCGCACAAGAAAGAGAGAGUCUAUUAAUGUUACCAGAGAGCUAGCUAUACGUAGUACUUCCCCCGUCAGCAGUUAAAGAAUAAUAUCCAGACCCAAGAAUAAUCAAAAGUGAAAAAACCACGAAGCACCGCCAGUUAUAUCAAUUACAAAAGAGAGACAGAACUUUAGAUACACUUUUUUUGCUAGCCAAAAGUCACGAGAAUCAGAAGAAGGAUCCUUGAGGGAUCCUUGAAACACGUUUUAGAACACAACACACAAACCUCACAACACGUAAAACAAAAACCAAUUUAAAUAUAUCGUAUAUUCUAUGGACAGCAAGUAGAUUUUUCUUUAAAAAUAAACUAAAAAAAUAAAGAAUUACUUCCAAAAACAAAAAUUAAUAGAAAUCUAUAAAAAUAAUGUAUGAAAUGGAAACUUAAUUCUAUAAAGCAAUACUAAAGAGUUGCACAUUAAAAAUCAUAAAUUAUAAAUUAGUAAAAAAAAAAUAAUUAAAAUAACAAAGAUUAUAAAAUAAGAAAAAAUCGUAACAUUCGCUGUCAUACAUUCUUUACAUUUCUUCUCAAACUUCAGAUCUCAAAAGAAUUUCCUUUCUUUCCCUUUCUUCCUAUGACAGCAAAUCUUUAAACCCAAAAAAAUAAUGUAAAUACGAAAGACAAAUAAUACAGAAGAAAAUACCAUACAAAUUGGUGACAAAAAUACCAUAAAAAUUAGUGACAACAAAUUAGUUAAAUAAAUUAGUAAUGGAGGUAGAAAAAAAAAAAAAAAAAAAGCAAGCAGAUAAAAAUUCGGUAUUUUGUAGAGAAUCUACAUGUUGCAUUGAUAAUAAUUUACAAAUAUUACGAGUAUAUAUGUAAAUGUGAAUGUAUUUCAAUUAUAUCGAAUAUACCUCCCCCUUGCCCUAACCCCUUCGACUACUCCCUCCUCUGUUGAAACAAAUACCCGCUAAAAACUAUCCAAAGACUUGAAUCAUCAGAACAUACAGAAACGAACUCUAAACCAACCAAAAACACAUCUCGAAACUGAAAACUAUGCAUCUAAAAGACUUCUAAAUGUUACAUUUCAAAGAACACAAAGAGACAAAGAAAUAUUA